AUGGCGCUAAAUGGCGUACCGGCAAAAAUCAUCGCCAUGAUCAAGGCCUACUAUCGCUCCACUACUGCAAGAGUCCUGGUCCGUAACAAUCUUUCCAAACCGUUCGGUAUUCGGUCUGGCGUCCAACAGGGUUGUAUCCUGUCACCCAUACUGUUCAACUACGCUAUUGACUGGAUCCUCGGGAGGGCCCUACGCGACAGUGACGGCGUUGAAUUUGCACCCGGACAUCGCCUGACUGAUCUCGACUAUGCCGAUGAUAUCGCCUUACUUGCUUCAAGUUUUGGUGAUCUGCAGUCUAUGGUGUCACGGGUGAACGAGGUCGCUAAAUCAGUGGGUUUGUCCAUAAACGUUGGGAAGACCAAAGUAUUCUCAAGCUGCAUCCCUGACCAGGAGAAGGCACCCCUGGGGAUUGAUGGCUGUCAACUUGAAAAAGUGGACAGUUUUAAAUACCUCGGGGCGAGGCUGCUGCCUAAUGGACAGAGUAAGGACGACAUUGUCUCCCGAAUCGAUGCUGCUCGCUGGGUUUUCUCAAGCCUUCGGCAAUGCCUGUGGAACCGACGUGACCUCUCCAUCGCCACUAAGAUUCGCGUGUACCGUGCAUCUGUCCCGUCUGUCCUUCUCUUCGGUUGUUAA